UCCUCUCAGACGUUACACUGAGGUCAACGUCUCUCUUCUCAGACAUUACACAGAGAUCAACAUCUCUCUUCUCACACAUUACACAGGUCAACAUUUCUCAGACAUUACAGAGGUCAACAACUCUCAGACAUUACAUGGAGGUCAACAUCUGUACUCUCAGACAUUGCGGAGGUCAACAUCUCUCCUCUCAGACAUUAUGGAGAUCAUCGUCUCUCCUCUCAGACAUUACGGAGAUCAACAUUGCUCCUCUCCGGCUGUACGCAUGUUACACCGUUUCCGCAUUCAUCCGGAAUUCACUUUCCGUUUGGGAAGCGCCAAGUUUGAACGCGUGGUAGGGGCGUUAGACCACAUUGUUGCUUAAUUUGUCGAGUCUAAAUAACUAAUUUAAGCCACAACGGGCUUGAAAUGAUAGUUAGCUACACUUUAUCAGUAGCGGCAAAACAAGCCACGUUGUUAACUACCAGCUAGCUAGCUAGCUAUCAUACAACACUAGCCGGCUAACUUUGUAGCAUGCUGACGAAGUUUCCCGACACAAGACUUAGACCUGGCUAGCUAGUCUAGUUCGUCUGAUUUUUCGAUAGAUUUGUGCGGUGUGGUAACUAUAUCCGACUUGAGCACACCCAACAAAGUCUUGGUCGGUACUGGCGGAAAUCAAAGUGGGUGGCUGGAGGUUAACUCGCUAACGAUGGAUCAAAACACAACAGUUAUUGUCCUGAGCGACGACGAGGACGAAGGCGAGUCCACAAUUUACGAGUCUUCGGUCUUAAUUGUCGAGGAAAACGAAGGGAGCAGAGAAGUAGCGGAUGCCCCUAAAACUAGCGAAGUCCUGGAUGAGGACGUGACCAUAACCUUUUCGCGAAAAGCGCACGUUUUGCCUCACGCCAGAUAUGACUGCACCAUCCCGUUCUGCUUCACGGAGGGGGAUGUCACAGGGCCAGAGGACAGUAACGCUGCGUACUGUGAGCAGUGCUUCUGCUAUGUCUGUGACAAACUGGCCUCCACGUGUCAAUUCUGGGUUAUUCCUGGCUUCUGCCACUGUAACGCACACAAACGCAGUUUUUACUGGAAAUCUCUCAGAGACAAGCGCAUCAUGGGAUAUCUGCACGAGCUCAACUUCACAUUUGACCCUAUGGACAUGGAUGCAGACCUCCGACGUGCUGAGGCUUCCCUGCAGCAGUUUGCUUGCAGCCUGGCCCUGAAGUUUGCAGCUUUCUUGGUGGGAGUGGAGAAACCAAAGCAGCCCAUUUGCUGCUACUGCCAGUGUCACUCGACCAAUAGUAGAACAACAGAAAGUCACUCAGCCAGUGGCAGCGAAGUGGGAUGUAAGAGCUGCCGUAGUCGACACGUGUAUUUUCCAGAGUAUGACUACUCAGGGGUGCAGGAGCGAGUGUGUAUGUUUCUGGAUGAUGCGAAGCAGGAGAACCCAAAAUCCUCCAUCGUCAUGCUGCUUGGUGCCAUGAAGCUCAUUAUCUCGCACUCUGCACCUGGGAACACGCACUCGAUCAAGGAAGUGUCGAGAGCUGUUGACAUGCUGCUUUACAGAGCAAAAUCGAUGGUGCAGACUUUGUUGGUUGAUACUGUCUUCCCUGCCUCCUUCACCAAGCAAUUGCAGCAGUUCUUCCAUGGCCUUCCUUUUCCUCCUAGCUGCAUGUCACUCAAGAACAGCCUAAACGUGCUUCCAUGGAACGAUCCUUUACUCUCAGCCGUGCUGAAGGGUCAGAAUGUCAGCGGAGAGAGGCGUGUCAAAGGCCGACGGGCAGAGGUCCUUUUGGAACCCAUCGUGGUGAUUAGAGCAAGAGUCCAAAAACUCCAGCAACAAAAAAAGUACCGUGAGCUGGCUCGCUAUCUCAAAGUUGUCAAAAGUUGCAGCGUUCAAGAGCUGCAGGACCUGAGCGACUGGGCUCCCUUCUACCUGUGCAAGGUUGGGGAUUAUGCAGGUGCCGUCAAUGCCAUGUUUAGCUCCAUGAGUGGCUCUUUGUGCCCUGCCUCUCGGCUCAGCCCCGCUCAGUUUUGUGCUUACCUCAGAAUCUUCGUAUCAGGCCAUGCCCCUUCAGACAUGCCCAACCCGCUCUUCCUCAAUAUCCAGCCAGACCCCUUCCUAAGCUCCACAUGGACACCCGUUCAAGGAGGGUCCUUGCUGAAGAGAUUGGCGGUAGUAAAGUUUGCCUUAAGGGUUCUGAACUGUAAUGAUGCAGUAUUUGCACAGUCCAUAAGCUGGGUGGCUUUCUUGAAUAUAGCCAGCAAAGCAUCCAUUGGCCCAGACGGUGCUGUGAACUGCACAUCUCUGCGAGAACCUGACAGCAACUUUCUCAUGAGGACAAGGGACAUUGCUCAAGGAAUCCUCAAUGAGCUAAGUAAAGAGUCCCGCAUCCAGAUCCCCAGAACCUUUCAAAAUGGCUAUCCAGACCAGGCCCUGCUGCUCCUAGCCACGCAGGCACUGGCCCUGCGCAUCUGCCACUCACGCCUUUGCCCCGCCCUCCACAUCGUCAUGGCUUUCAGUUUAAACCCCUGGGCACUAUACUGGCUCUUCUACAGCCUGGUGGGACAGCCAAAUGUUGUGCUGGAUUUUCUAUGUGUGGUUCUGGAGGAACUGCUGGAGAAUCCGCAUCACAGCAUAUUAAGAAAACAGGACACAGCUGGACAUUGCUUUGUUGCGAACUUCCUGCAUUUGUUCUUCCUGGAACACACUGUAGUUUUCGAUCCCAGCACCUAUCCUACCAAUGAACUGGUUGCAAGAUGGAAUGAAGCUCAACACCCCUGGCAGUACCAUUUGAGACAAAUGCUUGAAAUCAAGGAACAACUUCUGACUUCAGACAAACACAGGGUCCUGGAGAUGAUUCGCUGGCAUUUAUACAAGUAAUUGUAGUGAAGACUGAGAGAGAUGGGACUGGCAGACUGUGGGAGGGAACGGUGUAAGGAUGUUUGGUAGCUUUUUUUUUUUGGUGCUUGCUUGCUUGCUUUUUUUUUUUUUUUUUUUAACUGUUUAUUGAGACUUUGUGUGAACAUCAUAUAAAACCUUUUGUAACAUGUCAAUCAGAUCGGUAAUUGAGUAUCCUGUUCUCAUUUAAGUUCUGUUUCAUUUUCACAAACCUUUGUGCUGCACUUUAUGUAUUUGAAUAUGUUCUUUGAAAGGGAUUGUAUUACAGGAAGCUUUGAAGGAUGACAAGUUGAAAAUAAACAUAUAUUUAGGCAGUCAUUAAUGCUGGAGGGAGUUGCAUGAGGCUUCAUGAGUUUAUGAAUGUGUUGGCUGGAAUUUAAAUGUUUUUUUCCUUGAGUCAAUUGAGUCUUCCCUGGGACUUGUGUUUAUACAACUAUAAACACAAGCUGCCCCAUCCAGCUUCUGACAUUUAUUCCAAGGGGAAAUUAUAUUAAAAAUCUCCUAAUGUGGUCAUAUGAGUUUUAUAACAUUUUAUUUUUUACUAAAUAUCUUCAUUGAACAUGUAUAAAAUUAAUUUAAAUCAACAAUAUAAUAAUAAAUGUCUCAUGUUUACACACACACACUCAGUAUCUCAGAAACUCAACACUGUUAAUUUAGGGUUUUUUUCAAAGCAAACUUCAAAAAUUGCCAUGGUUACAAACUGCAAUACUGCCCAGUGUAGCUGCCUUCUUAUCUCA